GCCUUACUUCCGCUCAGUCGCCUCACUUCCGGCUCCUCCGGCGCGGCCCCGAUGCUCCUGCGCGGCGAUCUGAAACGAGCGGUGGUGAGUCCGGGCGGAAGCUCGCCGGCCCCUCCCGCCCUAGGCGGUGCCUCUGCCCCCGGGGCUGACGGUGCCCCCGCUGCGGCUGCGCGGCCCCGCAUGGCGGCCCCGUGGGGGCGCGCCCUGCUACUGCUCGUGCUCGCGGCGGCCGCGGCGCCGGAGGAUGACGGCGUCCCGGACGAGUGGGCCCUGCUGCACGUCGUCCAGGGCCAGGUGGGCGCCGGCAACUACAGCUACCUGCGGCUGAACCACGAGGGCAGGGUCGCGCUGCGUGUGCGCAGCAUGCGCGGGGACGCCGACCUGUACGUGUCUGACAGCACCCUGCACCCCAGCUUCGACGACUACGCGCUGCAGGCCGCCACCUGCGGGCUGGACGUGGUGCUCGUGCCCGCACACUUCCAGCGGCCCGUGGGCAUUGGUGUCUACGGGCAUCCUUCGCACCGCGAGAGCGAGUUCGAGAUGCGCGUGUACCUGGUCCACUCGGCGGAGCCGCAGCCAUUCGCGGAUGCGGAUGGCGGGGACGGCGGCAGUAGGCGCGCCCACGCCCCCGAGGACGUCACCCACGAAGAGGAGUCUGUCCUCUGGACCAUACUGAUCAGCGUUCUGAAACUGGUCCUUGAAAUUCUCUUCUGACCGGUUAGCAGCCCUGCGGUGGGAGGCGCUCCAUCCUGGAGGUUGCGGGCCGUCCUCCGAACCUACCUACUCUGACCUGGUUGAAAUGCUGGCGGCCUUUUUAGCUGGGGGGUGGAAAACAAAGCCAUUCACUUUUUUACCUCAAUUACCCCGAAAGCAGGAGAAGCAGCAAGCACGACCUAUUUUCUUUGAAAGAUCAAAAUUCCUGUAAAUUUUGCACAAUAAAAUGUUUAAACUCCA